UUGGAAACGGGGGAGCAUCCGCGGCGCCGCCGGGAGACCCGCCCCUGCCUCUCCAGCCGCACUCGCGGGCACUGCUGGUGGAUGGCUGGGGGGAGUCCCGAGACUGACGCGCUGCGGGUCCCCGUCUCGACCCCGAGCCCUCUGCGAGCGCCUCUGUGACCUGUGAGCACUCUUUGUCGGUGAUUGCCGGGAGGGCGGCGGGGACAUAGGUACCACACUGGAGGCGAGCGGGCAAGCCACUUUUGCCCCCUGGGUAAGCCCGAAGAUCCUGGUCCCGGGACCCUAGACAGGUCUUCGAUCCAUAGACUCUUCUCAGCCCUCCUUGAUCCCGCCCGUGUCCUCUGCCUGGGGCCGCUCUCUUCACGUAGGCUCCCCGCCCCUCUAGGGAGCCUAGGUGUCCCUGGGCUCCACCCCGUCCCUCCCGGGACCUCUCCCCCUCCACACCCUUCCCCCACCCUGGAGGCCCGCUGGACACGACCCAGAGCUGCCACCGCCCGCUUCUGCCACUCAAUGGAGGACAGUCUGCUGGAGAUCAUGACCAAGGACGGCGGCGACAUGCCAGCGCCUCUGGAGGUGUCCACGGUGCCCGCCGUGGGGGACGUGAUCUCUGGGGAGUAUAACGGCGGUAUGAAGGAACUGAUGGAGCACCUGAAGGCCCAGCUGCAGGCCCUGUUUGAGGACGUGAGGGCCAUGCGAGGGGCACUGGACGAGCAGGCCUCGCACAUCCAGGUUCUGUCGGACGACGUGUGCGCCAACCAGCGGGCUAUAGUCUCCAUGUGCCAGAUUAUGACCACUGCGCCCCGCCAGGGAGGCUUGGGCGUGGCCGGCGGCAAGGGGAGCUUCCCAAGUGUUCCCCAUGAACCAGAGACACCUUCGCCUGGGAUCGAGGACAGCGGCUUGCUGGGUCGUGAUCCUGAUGAAGACGAGGACGAAGAGGAGAAAGAGACACCUAACCCCGCCACACCCACCAGUCACUGCGAGCUCUCUGAGAGCCCCGGUCUCCUUGGGGAGGAUGGGCCACUUGUGGAGCCCCCCGACCUUCCUGACAUUACCCUGCUGCAGCUGGAGGGCGAGGCCUCUCUGUGAGGGAGACCCCACCAGGGAACCAACUACCCGCGCUGGCUUUGGGUUUCCAAGUGCUUAACCCGAGGGGACUGAACAGUGCGGUGCAGUGUUCUUCACUUCAAACGUGGUCCUUAUAGGUCAGGGAGAGAGACUCCCUCACAGAAGGAUUUGUAGAGUCAAGGACUUUGGAAGCAUCGCGAAUUCCACCCAAGCAGGCAUCAUAGCAAACUGCAGAAAGGUGAGGUUCCCAGAAAGGACGUGCCCAUCUCUGGACUCUCAUCUAUCCCUUUACCUUGCCCCCUUCCCCUCUUCCUAGGAAACAGGAGGACCAUUGAAUUAUGUAAAUAAAAUUCUGCUUUUUCUAUUCUGAAAAAGGAGUCAUCUAGGACUUUGGCAAAUAAUCUCUAUUUACCUAGAAAUUAAGGAGUUGGGGUAUUCUGUUCUGGCAACAGGAAAUUUACCCUUUUCCCCAAACCCAAGAUAUUCAGUGCUCUGCGGAAACCUCUCCCCCUUACAGAUCGCUCUGCAACUGCUGAUGGGUAAAGGAAGCUUGAGGAGGGAACUGCGGCCCUAGGAGUCAGGGUACUCGGGUUCCCAGGGCCCCUAGGCUGGGAGGAGCUGGCUCUGAUGUGCAUGAAGACACAAGAGCUCAAGCUCUGGCACUGAGCAUGCAGAGCCGAGCCUGCCCCGUCGCUGACUUCACCUGGGAUUGCUUGGCCACUCACCUGGGCCUAGAGAACAAAGUGCUCAGGUCGCAGGCAGAGACUUAGGACUGCUCAGCAACUGUCCAGAUUUAAGGGGACAUCUGAGGAACUCUUGGGGGAGGGGGCGCUGCAGCCCCAAGCUGUCUUUUCUGGCUAUACCUGCUUAACUUCAGUUCCUUUUAUUAUUUUUUUUUUCCUGUCAAUAUGUCGGUACCCUCUGCUUUCUGGUGUUGCCUCCAUAAUGUCUUGUGUUAUGUGUGUCCACUUGUGUAGUAGUGUGUGAGCCCUCAGGGGCAGGGCUUGUGGCUCUAGUAUUAGGUUCAGGGGGCUUCAGACCCGUCUGCAAGCCCCAGGCUAUCAUGGCGCUUUCUGCUCUUUUCCCUUUUAUGCCCCACUCCUCAACCCAGGGCACGGAGCAUGUGGCUGUCCUGAGUGUCCUUAACUGAUGUGCUCCUACCUUCCGAAGUGGUGACUGUGUGUGCCCCUUCCCUCCUCUGUGUAUCCUUUCUUAGUGCUUUGCUUGAUGUCAACCUUAAUAAAAAGGCACCAUCUCCCCUCUU